AUGGUCAAUGCGGCCAGUGUUCUCCAUUUUGGAGAUCAGACGGUGGAUAUUAGUUCCUCGCUGCAGGAUCUGGCUCGUGUAUCCAAGUCGUCUCAAACACUCGCCACCUUUCUGCAGAUUGGUGUCGAUACUCUGCGUGCAGCCCUAUUCUCUCUCCCGUCGGCUGUUUUAUCUGAAUUAUCGUGGCACACCUUGAUAGAUCUCGGAGAUGCCUUGGCAGAUAGGCCGUAUGAGUGCGCUCCUUUGGCGCCGGCAGUACUGUGUAUUUGCCAGCUAGGAUAUCUGCUUGUCCAUCUCGAGCGAGACCCUCAAACUUUGUUCAGCAAUGAUAGAAAGAUUCUGCUGGGAGUAUGCACGGGCAUGCUUCCUGCAUCUAUAGCAGCGUGUAUCACGUCUGUGAAAGAAUUACUCAAUAUUAGUCCCGAACUGAUUCGAAUUGCCGUGCGAUUGGGGGUUCAAGUCUCCGCUCGAUCCCAAAGCCUGGAUAAAUCAACUGAAAGAUGGGCAUUAGCUUGCGCGGGGCUCUCGCUGAACUCUUUAAAAGAGAUCAUCGUUCAGUUCCAUCAAAUUCAUUCUGUGUCUUUACCUCGGCGACUCUAUAUUAGUGCCUUGGUGAAUCAAUCCUCAUUCACAGUCAGCGGACCACCUACGAAGCUACGGCGUUUUUCGGAUUUUAUAGGAACACGUUGCCCUGAAACUCGGAGGACCUGGCUAUCCUUAUAUGGCGCCUACCACGCCAGUCAUAUCCAUGACGGGGAUAUUGAAUCAAUCAUGGGCAACUCCCCGAUACUCGACAGGCCGAUCUCGUCAAAUAGAUCGGUUAUCUCAACUAGCACCGGUCGUGCCAUGGAUGACGUGUCGACACUCGGAGAUUGCCUGCACAUUGCUCUACUUGAUAUUCUGCGGCGACCGCUCGAUUGGACGGUAAUAAUUGACGACCUGGUUAACUGUGAUCUGACUGAUCCAGUACUUACUGUCAUCGGGCCAUCAUAUAUGACAAUGUCUUUGAAAGAAACCCUGAAAUGGGUCGAAAAAACCAGUCCGACUGAAUACGAAAUCGCCCACCAGACUCAAGAUGGAAGUAUUUCAGGCGCUUUCGCAAUUGUGGGAAUGUCUGGGAGGUUCCCAGGCAGCGAGAAUCUAGAUGAAUUUUGGAAUGUCCUUGAAGAAGGACUGGACCUUCAUCGAGAGAUUCCCGCCAACCGAUUUCCCGUCGAAACACAUUGCGACCCCACCGGCCAGAUUCCAAACACAACGACAACGCCAUAUGGUUGUUUUGUCGACCAUCCAGACCUCUUUGACGCCCGCCUUUUCAACAUGUCGCCGAGGGAAGCAGCGGCAACGGACCCCAUCCACCGACUACUGCUCCUGACUACAUACGAGGCGCUCCAGAUGGCAGGAUACUCCCCCGACCGGACACCUUCGACGCAGCGUCAUAGGAUCGGGACAUUCGUGGGCCAAACAAGCGAUGACUGGCGUGAGGCCAACGCUAGCCAGAAGAUCGACGCCUUCUGGACCACCGGUGGCGUGCGUGCCUUUGGUCCCGGCAGGCUUAAUUACCACUUUGGCUGGGAAGGGCCCAGUUACAGCAUCGAUGCUGCAUGCUCGUCCAGCAUGGCAGCUAUUCAAAUUGGAUUGACAGCGCUGCGCAGUCGCGAAUGUGAUAUGGCCGUUGCUGGGGGUGCGAAUAUCAUGACCUCCUCGGAUCCGUUUGCUGGACUAAGUCGGGGGAGCUUCCUAUCGCCCACUGGAUCGUGCAAGACGUGGGACUCCACUGCGGACGGUUACUGCCGUGGUGAUGGAGUCGGGAUUGUGGUGAUCAAACGCCUCGAGGACGCCAUCGCAGACCGGGACCGAAUCCAAGCGGUGAUCAGGAGUAUUUCGACGAAUCAUUCGGCUCAAGCAAUCUCAAUCACACACCCUCAUGCCGCUACUCAGCAAAGACUAUUCAAAACGGUCCUCGAUGACGCUGGCGUGCACCCCGAUCAGCUCAAUUACGUUGAGAUGCAUGGAACGGGGACCCAGGCGGGCGAUGGCAUCGAGACCAGCGCUGUAUCCCAGGCACUUGCUUCGCGACGAACUGAUAGCCCCCCAUUAUAUAUCGGAUCUAUCAAGCCUAAUAUUGGCCACGGGGAGGCGGCUUCGGGCGUCGCAUCGGUCAUUAAAUCAGCUUUGAUGUUCCAGAGAAAUGUGAUCCCACCACAUACCGGAAUCAAGGGCACGAUCAACCCAAGCAUCCCUCUAAAGAAGCUUAACGCGGUGAACAUCAGGAUACCAAUGGAAAAAAUUUCCUUUACGGCAGACCCAGCCGGUGACGGGAAACGACGUAUUCUGAUCAACAACUUCAAUGCGGCAGGGGGCAACACAAGUAUGCUGCUUGAAGAUGUGCCCUCCGAGCGACCGGUCGGUCAUACCCCGGAUCCUCGAAGUUGUCACGUCGUCAUAGUCUCUGCAAAGACGCCCGAUUCUAUCCAAGGAAAUGCCAAGCGAUUGCUCAGCUACCUCAAAGCCCAUCCAGGAACGGAUCUUGCGGACCUAGCCUAUUCCACCACGGCAAGGCAGAUGCAUCAUGGCUAUCGAAGAACUCACGUCGUCGAAAGUAGCGAGCAGUUGAUAGCAUCCCUGCAAAAUGAUCUGAGCACAAAGGCCGAUGUUACUCUUGCAAAUAAGACCCCCUUCGCCGUCUUCCUAUUUCCCGGCCAGGGGUCGCUCUACUCCGGUCUGGGGCACACGCUCCUGUCAACGUCCAAGGCAUUUGCAAAGCGGAUUGGUGAGAUCGACGAAAUUUGCCGCAUGCUAGAGUUUCCGUCGGUCCUGGACCCGAUUAGAGACCCAGAAUUCGACUAUGCCACUUGCAGAUCGAUCCAGGGACAGUUGGUCAUUUUGGCCUGCAACAUCGCCCUAGCCGACCUGUGGACCUCGUGGGGCGUUUCACCGCAGCUCGUGACAGGGCAUAGCCUGGGAGCCUAUGCCGUUUGGUGCACAGCAGGGGUUCUCAGUCUACAUGAUACAAUCUAUCUGGUGGGACAGCGGGCGCUCCUGAUCGAGCAGACCUGCGAAUCGGGCAGCCAUGCAAUGCUAACAGUCAGUCUAUCGGCCGAAGAUCUACAAGACCAUCUUCAUGCCUUUCCCUCCUGCGAGAUCGCAUGCUUCAACGGCCCAAAGAACACCGUUAUCAGCGGGACGACAGGCGACAUUGCUGGUCUAGAGACCACCCUGAAAUCCUGUAGCGUGCAAACGUUAUUAAUCAAGGUCCCUUAUGCGUUCCAUUCCUCUCAGCUCGAUAGCUGUCUGGACGGGUUGCAGGCUCUCUGCGAGAAAGUGGAGUUCCAUAAGCCUCAGAUUCCGAUCCUCUCGACACUUCUGGGGGAAGUUGUCUCUGAUGCAGGCAUAAUUAAUGCAGACUACGUUACGCGGCAAACCCGACAGUCCGUGAACUUCCUCGGCGUCAUUGAGAAUUACGCCGCGAUGGCAGGAUUCAACGCCAAAUCGACCUUCUGGAUAGAGAUGGGCGCCCGGCCCUUAUGUCUGCCGAUGGUGAAGACCAUUCUCGGUAGCUCCGCGGUGAAUGCCCUGCCGUCUAUGACACCGCGCGAAGAGAACUGGUUCACGUUGAAUAAGAGUCUCGCAAAGGCCUACUGCGGUGGAUUUAAUAUCAAUUGGAUGGCAGUGCACAGAGAAUAUGAGCCCUCAAUGAGACUGCUUCCACUGCCGAGCUAUGCCUUCGACCUCAAGAGCUACUGGAUACAAUACGAAGGGGACUGGUUGAUCACGAAAUCAAGCCAGCAGGGCCUGGUCAAGUCGGAACUCUCGGCGAAAAAGAAGCUUAGCGCUACGCUGCAAAAGAUCGAUAGGGAACACUUCUCGGCUGGUGAAGCGACUGUUAACUUCGUUUCCAACCUGGCAGAUCCUGACUUGAACGCAGCCAUCUCGGGCCAUCUGGUCAAUGGACAUCGGCUUUGCCCUAGCUCGGUGUAUGCAGAUAUGGCGUUCACUGCGGCAGCGUAUGUAUGGCGCCGUAUGGAGAGCAGCGAAGUCCCUGCAAUGGACGUUUCGAGCAUCGAGGUCCGGCAACCGUUAUUGUACACCGGCGGCGAUGGCCACCUGGUGAAAGUCACGGCUUUCAGAGGGUCCGGUGCCAAGUUUAUUACGGUACAGAUCAGCUCCGUGAAGUCCAAUCAGGAGGAGACCACACAUGCCAAUUGCGAAGUCCACUAUGGUAACGGUGAUGCAUGGAUAGUGCAGUGGGCGAAACAGCAUUAUCUGAUCCAAGGGCGGAUGGACAGUCUAGACAAAUCCUGCCAGUCGGGAAUGCUGCAUCGCAUUGAGCGCAAAGAGGCCUACAAAGCGUUUGCCACAUUUGUAGACUACAGUUCAAAAUUUCAGGGCAUGGACGACGUGUUGCUUGAUCCACAGUUCUUGGAGGCUUCGGCGGUGGUGCAGUUCCAAACCACUCCGAGCGAUCAAAAAUUCACUGUUUCUCCAUACUGGAUAGACAGUCUGGCGCACCUUUCUGGCUUCAUUCUCAACACAAGCGAGACCAUCCCGGAUGACAUUGUGUAUAUCUCGCAUGGCUGGGGGAGUAUGCGCUUUGCUCGCCCUCUGUCAGAACUUGCCAGCUACCGGACAUAUGUUCGAAUGCAGGAGACAGGCGAGCCGGGUGUCAUGGCUGGUGACGUGUACGUUAUGGAACAACAGAAGAUUAUCGCAGUCGUUAGCGAUGUGAAAUUCCGGUCGAUCAAGAAACGAUUCUUGAACGUUCUUCUGCCUUCCAACACCCCUGGAGUCAGCGUUCCCGUGAAACCGAAGCCCAGUGUAGCGAAGGCCUCAAAUGAAAGACCACACGGUAUUGAAAUUCCAGCGCCACCGACAAGCCCGUCCUUUGAUAAAGUCAUUUCUUUGAUCUGCGAGGAAACUGGCGUGGCCGUGGACGAACUAACCAAUGAGACUGAUCUUGCGGAUAUCGGAUUGGACUCCUUGAUGGCGAUCUUGAUCGUCGAUAGACUGCGACAGGAGCUGCAGGUUGAAAUACCUAGCUCGGCAUUCCUUUGUCCACAGCUGGGUGAUCUGCGCCAGUUCUUCGAGGAGCGCUUCCAAGACGCUAUGGAUGCAUAUUCCACGGCCCCGUCUAGCGUUAAAUCCACAUCGCCCAUCAGCACUCCCACCAGCGAAGACGGACCUAGUUUUGCGAAUACAUUGCGCACUAUCAUUGCGAGCGAGCUGGGUCUUCCCCUUCAUGAGAUCGAGCCCGACGUUGCAUUCUCCGAGAUGGGAGUUGACUCACUCCUUGGGCUGACGAUUACCAAUGCUGUCUACGAACAGACUGGUCGAAGAAUCUCUUCUAGCUUUUUCAGUGAAUAUUCCACCUACGCGGAAGUUCAAGAGGCCUUUGGUAGUCCAUACGCUCCAGAGCCCGUGCCUAUCGCUACUAUUCCCGAGAUCCCACCGCCUCGGCGUCAGUCCGUUCUUCUCCAGGGCACACUCACUUCGAGCUCUCCGGCCUUAUUCCUGCUGCCCGACGGCUCUGGAAGCGCGGGUUCAUAUGCCGGACUACCUGUACUGGGAGACUCCGAGCGACCAGUCUGGGGGAUCCACAGUCCGUUUCUGCGAUGCCCAGAACAGUUCCAGCACUCCCUGAAAGAAGUAGCGGAGAUGUACGUUGAGGAGAUCUUGCGAUUGGAUCCCAACGGGCCAUAUUUGGUUGGUGGAUGGAGUAUCGGCGGCAUCUACGCUUUCGAAGCUUCUUGUAUUCUCCGGCAACGUGGCAAGACAAUCGUUAGCCUUCUUCUCAUCGAUUCGCCAUGCCCCGGGACCAUCCCCCCUCUAACCUCCGAGACCGUCGACCUGCUAGAUCGGUUGGGCAUCACGACUAGUAGUAAAUCGCAGAAAGAUCGCAGCGCCACGCACGCCCACUUCCUAGCCAGCAUCGAGGCGCUGAAGUCGUAUAUACCGCAGCCUAUGAUGGAUGAGAAUGCCCCACCGUGUCUGACGCUCUGGGCGCGUAGCGGGGUGUGGGAGUCUGUUCCAAAGGAAGAGCAAGCAAAGAUGAGGGCCACAUGGGGUGAUGACAGUUGUGACGCCCAGCGAUGGAUCAUGGAUCCAAGGACAUGGCGUGGGGCGAACGGGUGGGAUCAGUUGAUGCCACAAAUUAAUGUGGAAGUGGUAGAUGGGAACCACUUUAGCAUCAUGAAGAGACCUCAGAUUCUCGAAGUUGGUCGUGUCUUAGCGAGCUACCUAAAGGAUUACUAG